GCGUCGCCGCGCGGCACGUGUGAGAGCUCGGCCGCCGGCGAGUCCACCCGCGCGCUCCGGGCCCUGGGGACUGAAGGCACUGUCCGCGCUGCCUAUGCCUGGUCGCCCUCGUAGCUGGCUCUUCCGAGUGGCCUUCGCCGCCGCCGCCCUCCUGCGCCCGGAGCAGCUUGCCCGCCCCCUCGCCGCCCGGCCCGUGCCGCGCCCGCGCUCCCAGGCCCCGGGUUCUCUUAAAUGUUUUCUUGGAGCCUUAAAAAUGGAGCUGACAGAAGUGACUGGUGUGUCGCUGAAACGUGGGUCUCAUGCUGUCGAAGAUAAUGACAGUGUGGCCCCAGCUGAGGAGGCAAAAAGACAGAAGGUCUUGGACAGCUGUCUGACCACAGGUCAGGAUGGGCUGGAGCAUGUCUCUCUGCCUGGCAGUGUGCACGUGCCUGGGCCACCUGCGGCCGUAAGUGCCAGAGAAGGUGGAAAGAAUUCUGAUGUGCAGUUGGAAGAAGAGGAAGAGGAGGAAGAAGAUGGCCUUUCGGAGGAGGGUGAGGAGGAGGAGGAAGCUGAGAGUUUUGCAGACAUGAUGAAGCACGGCCUCACUGAACUUGACGUUGGCAUCACCAAGUUUGUAAGUUGUCAUCAGGGAUUCUCAGGCAUCUUGAAAGAAAGAUACUCCGACUUCGUUGUUCACGAAAUAGGAAAAGAUGGACAGAUCAGCCAUUUGGAUGACUUGUCCGUGCCGGUGGAUGAGGAGGAUCCUUCAGAAGAUGUAUUUACGGUUUUGACAGCUGAAGAAAAGCAGCGUUUAGAAGAGCUCCAGCUUUUUAAGAAUAAAGAAACCAGUGUUGCCAUCGAGGUUAUUGAGGACACCAAAGAGAAAAGAACCAUCAUCCAUCAAGCGAUUAAAUCUCUGUUUCCAGGAUUAGAGACAAAAACGGAGGACAGAGAGGGGAAGAAAUAUAUUGUAGCCUACCAUGCAGCUGGGAAAAAGGCUCUGGCAAAGGUCAGAACUGCAGCAGAUCCAAGAAAACAUUCUUGGCCAAAAUCUAGGGGAAGUUACUGCCACUUUGUACUGUACAAGGAAAACAAAGACACCAUGGAUGCUAUUAAUGUGCUGUCCAAAUAUUUACGAGUCAAACCAAACAUAUUCUCCUACAUGGGAACCAAAGAUAAAAGGGCCAUAACUGUUCAAGAGAUUGCUGUUCUCAAAAUAACCGCUCAAAGACUUGCCCACUUGAACAAGUGCUUGAUGAACUUUAAACUGGGGAAUUUCAGCUAUCAGAAAAACCCUCUGAAACUGGGAGAGCUUCAAGGGAAUCACUUCACUGUUGUCCUCAGAAAUAUAACAGGAACUGAUGACCAAGUUCAGAAAGCUAUGAACUCUCUCAAGGAGAUUGGAUUUAUUAACUACUAUGGAAUGCAAAGAUUUGGAACUACAGCUGUCCCCACAUAUCAGGUUGGAAGAGCUAUCCUACAGAAUUCCUGGACUGAAGUCAUGGAUUUAAUAUUGAAACCCCGUUCUGGAGCUGAAAAGGGCUACUUGGUUAAGUGCAGGGAAGAGUGGGCGAAGACCAAAGACCCAGCUGCUGCCCUCAGAAAACUUCCCGUCAAAAGGUGUGUGGAAGGGCAGCUGCUUCGAGGACUUUCAAAAUAUGGAAUGAAGAAUAUAGUCUCUGCAUUUGGCAUAAUACCAAGAAAUAAUCGCUUAAUGUAUAUUCAUAGCUACCAAAGCUAUGUAUGGAAUAACAUGGUAAGCAAGAGAAUAGAAGAGUACGGACUGAAGCCCGUUCCAGGUGACCUUGUUCUCAAAGGAGCUACAGCCACCUACAUUGAUGAAGAAGAUGUUAAUAAUUACUCCAUCCAUGAUGUGGUAAUGCCCUUGCCGGGUUUUGAUGUUAUCUACCCAAAGCAUAAAAUCAGUGAAGCCUACAGGGAAAUGCUCACAGCAGACAAUCUGGAUAUUGACAACAUGAGACACAAAAUUCGAGAUUAUUCCUUAUCAGGAGCUUACCGAAAGAUCAUUAUUCGUCCUCAGAAUGUCAGUUGGGAAGUCGUUGCAUAUGAUGAUCCUAAAAUUCCACUCUUCAACACAGAUGUGGACAACCUGGAAGGGAAACCACCACCAGUGUUUGCUUCUGAAGGCAAAUACAGAGCUCUGAAGAUGGAUUUUUCUCUCCCUCCUUCUACCUACGCUACCAUGGCCAUUCGCGAAGUACUAAAAGUGGAUACCAGCAUCAAGAACCAGACCCAGCUGAAUACCACCUGGCUCCGCUGAGCCCUUUUCCCCAGAUGAUAAGAUGCAUCCAGUGUCCGCCAGCUUCCUGUUGAGACCCAUAGAUGUACUUUAGAUCCUUGUAGUUCAAGAUUAUUUGUAUUUUUUCAGGUUUUUAUUAGCUUAAUUUGCAAUAUUUGUAUACAUAUACAAAUCCUGAGGAUCCUAAUUCUAGCUCAGAGGAUAUAAAUUGAUCAGAGUAUAUUUCAGGUGCUUAAGUCAUAGUAAAAUGUCAGCUUUCCUGGCUUUAUCAUAAUUUAAAAGGACUUUGGUUUAACGUUGCAGUUUUAGGUUUUGCUACAUUCUUAAAGGACAACAUGAAUUUUUAAUGUGUCCAUGAAUGGAGUAUGCAACGACGCAUUUUAAGAGAAAAUGCAACAAAACAAAUCUUGACUAUGAAUAAAUAGAAUACCCCACCCCUAGCUAUUAAUACAAGUACAGGACUCAUGCUUAUUUAAAUGAUGAUAAAACAUCUAAGGUUUAUAAACACAAAAGUGAUUGUGUCAAUCAUCUAACUCCUAUACCAGGUUUAGGUAAGUGUUGAUAGAUCUUUUAGUUGCAGUAGCUUUGCAUUUAUAUUCUCAUUGCCUUGCAGGACAGUUGCAUUGAUAGGACCUUUUUUUCUCGAUGUAAACGCGUGCAGCUAUUUUUAUUAGUCAAGGUCUGAUUUUUACUCUAGGUGCCUUUUAUGUUCAGAACUCCUUCCACUGGACUGGUUAUUUGUCCCAAGAUGAAUGACAGCAGAGAAAAAAAACUUUAAACCUUUCCAAGGGCUCCUCCAAUCAGCAGCAUCAGCCUUCGUCACCUUCGGUGUAGGUGUUUCCGUUUCGGGCCCUUGUGUAAAACUUGUCUCUGACGUGGAAGGUUAAAUAGGCCUUUCCGCGUGUGUGUGUGAUGUAAGUGCGCCAAUUUUUAUUUUCUACCAUUUCUAAAACAAAAUAUAAUAAAUAUUUUUUAAAA